CUUUUGGAGCCUGCUUGUGAAGAUGAGCCCGGCAGGAGAGCAGAGCCCUCCGAGAGAGCCGACAUCCUCUCCCUAGCCGAUGACCUUCAUUUACCUGUUGCUGUACCUGAAGUUCCCUCCUCACCAAGACAUGAAUUCCCUGCAGACUGGAGUAUUAAAACACGACUUUUAUUUACGUCUUCCCAACCUUUUACCUGGGCAGAACAUUUAAAAGCACAUGAGGAAGCUCAAGGAUUUGCUCAGCAUUGUAGAGCUACAGAAACAAACCUGCCACAGAGCAUACAGGAACCAAAACUGUCCACAGAACUGCGUUGUGCCUUUCAGCAAAGCCUCGUUUACUGGCUUCACCCUUCACUGCCGUGGCUGCAGCUGUUCCCUCGGAUUGGAGCAGAUAGAAGAAUAGCUGGAAAGGCCAGUCCUUGGUCACAGGAUGAAGCCUUGCAACAAGUACUAAUGAGUGACUGGUCUGUCAGCUUUACUUCUCUGUACAAUCUGCUCAAAGCCAAACUGUGUCCCUACUUCUAUGUAUGUACCUACCAGUUUACUGUCCUGUUCCGUGCAGCUGGUCUUGCAGGAAGUGACGUUAUCACAGCUGUAAUUUCUCCCACAACCAGAGGUUUAAGGGAAGCCAUGAGAAAUGAAGGCAUAGAGUUUUCUUUACCUUUGGUAGAAGAAAGUAGAACCAGAAAACAGAAAAACUCUGAAGUUAAUUUGGAAGCAGAAGUUGCUAACAGCCUUGAAGUGGGCGACAGCACGGGAGAUGGAGAGGAACCAGCUCCAAGUGAUGAUGAUGAUGAAAGUUUCUCUUGGCUUGAGGAGAUGGGAGUCCAAGACAAGGUUAAGAAACCAGGUGCUAUUUCUAUUAAACUCCGUAAGGAGAAGCAUGAGGUGCAGAUGGAUCACAAACCUGAAUCCCUUGCAUUAGUGAAAGGAACAAACACAUUCACCUUGCUGAACUUCUUGAUAAACUGUAAGAGCCUAGUGGCUGUUGCGGGCCCACAAGCAGGGCUUCCACCAACUUUGUUGUCCCCUGUUGCUUUCCGAGGUGGAACAAUGCAGACACUCAAAGCUCGAAGUAUAAAUGCCAAAGCCAGGGUUCACUUGGCAUAUGAGGAUGUCUUCAGCUUGGAGAUCGUAGGCCCCGUCAUGCCUCAUUCCCUGCAUUCGCUGGCCACGCUGCUCAGGUCGGCGCAGAGGGGAGCGUUCUCGGCUGUGUUAUAUACACACGAGCCCACUGCUGUCUUUAACACUCAUGUUGGCAAUGCAAGCCCUGCCUUAAAUAAGGAAACCAUAUGUAAAGGUCUUCCUACGUGUGGACUGCAUCCUAAGACUUUGGAUCAACUGAGUCAGUGUCCAGUACUGGGAAAAUCUUCCAUCCGCUUUCUGGAGCUGAAGGAUUAUGCUUACACCUGGAAGUCCUAG